CAUUUUCUAUACCACUUAUCCUCACGUGUUCAUGUUUUUCCAAUUCAGUGCUUUAGUCACGACAUACGCCGUCCACAAUUAUUUUGUUAUAUUGAAAUUCAUAGUUUUUUUUCUAUUGAUUUUGCAAACACAUAAUAUAUAUUUUUAAUAAUUUAAAAAUGAAGUACAGUUGAAUUCUUUCACAUUGUAUCAUUAUAAAACGAAUCGAAAGUGCGGCUGCGAAACACAAGACAUGUAUGGUUGCCUGAGCAACCACUGGCUUGCCCGUAGAUCUCUCACUGGUCAUGGAUGAGCACCGACACAACACAAAUUUCGGUGACUGUAUAAGUUGAACUUGUACGCGAAGCAAUGUCUCUCCGGUGGUUCACGGCGACAACAGAGACUCACCAAACCGCUUGAGGUGUGCUUUUUCUGCAGUUUAUCUUGAGGUUGGCAUGGAGCGUUAUGAGUCUCUGGGUCAAGUUGGUAAGGGCAGUUACGGCACAGUACUCAAGUGCCGCCAUCGCGACUCGGGCCGCCUCGUCGCCAUCAAAAAGUUCCUGGAUUCAGAUGAGGACAAGUCAGUGAGGAAGAUUGCCCGCAGGGAGAUCCAGCUGCUCAGGAAACUACGGCAUGACAAUCUGGUGAACCUUCUGGAUGUGUGGCAGCAUCGCCGACACUGGUAUUUGGUCUUUGAAUUUGUGGAGCGGACUCUGCUGGAUGAUUUGGAGCAAAAUGUGCAAGGACUGGACCUAAUCACCUGCAAGCAGUGCUUCUUCCAGGUCCUGAGGGGGGUUGCCUUCUGCCACCAGCAAAAUGUCAUUCACCGUGACAUCAAACCUGAGAACGUACUCAUCUCCGGGGAGGGCGUGGUCAAGCUGUGCGAUUUUGGCCUGGCACGCACUGUGGCCUCGCCGACCGGGGGUGGAUCCUACACCGACUACGUGGCCACGCGUUGGUACCGAGCUCCUGAACUGCUGGUGGGCGACACCAAGUACAGCAAACCGGUAGAUGUGUGGGCUGCUGGCUGCUUGCUAGUUGAGAUGCUAACAGGUCAGCCUCUAUUUCCUGGAGACUCGGACCUCGACCAAAUAUACCACAUUGUGAAGUUCUUUGGUAACCUGACCGCUCAUCACAAGGAGUUAUUCCACAAAAAUCCUGCAUUUUCUGGCAUUAGGCUGCCAGAGCAUUGCAGCAGAAUUCCUCUGGAGCAGCACUUUCCAUUGGUGUCACCUGACGCUUUGGAUCUGGCUCAGGUUCCAUUCAGACACUUGCUCAGACACAUUUUUAACUCAAUAUCAGCUUCUGUGUGGUCUUCCAGGAAUGUCUCCAGAUGGAUCCAGAGAAACGAGCUCGGUGUUCAGAGCUGCUGGAACAUCCACUGUUUACACGCGACGACUUCCAUGUCAGGUCUCCUCAGGUUUUUGGAUGAGCUGGGAGCCAGAAUCCAAAAACAGUACAAAGAGAACACACUCUCAAAGAUAAGAAAAGCCUCAAGACAAGAAAUAUGCCAAGAAUAUGAACAAAGUCGCAGAGGCAAGGAUUCUAAAAACAUCCUUGGAGAUGUACAGGAUAAGAAAAACAUCAGGAAGGACGAUGAGAAGGUGGUGAAAAGAAAAGGCAAGCAACUCUCAAAGCAGUCUAGAACCAUACAGAACACCUCAGAAGCAAAUGUUAUCAAAUCCCCCAGAAUAUCAGGAUCAAAGUGUAGAGAUAGUGGAGCAAAGAUGGUCACCGCCAUGAAAAAUAAAGCAGGAGCCAACUCGGGUCUGACAUCAAAAGACCACAUCAUGGCUGUUGGUGUCAAAAAGACCUUCAACUUGUCCUCAAACCAAACAAGGACCGCCUCAAAUGUUGUUCCAACGUCCGAUCAGCACACAUCUUUGUCAUGUAGCCUUUCAAAGAAUAUCACUGUGGGCCCCUCAGCACUGUCCACAGUUCUUAAGGACAAACUGUCCAAACCACCUUCAACUAAACCCUCACAAGAUGCGUGCCGACUUUCAAGGUGCUUCUCUACAGCUGUAGAACAUAGGGAAGAAUAUUCAACGGACAAGAACAUGAAACCAGACGACUCACUGACCAAAGCUGCUCUAAGUCACCUUCAGGUACCUCAAACAUCCAUAAUCCCACGAUCCAGAGCAACAUUCUUAUCGAAUGAAGCUCCUAAAGCCAUGUUCAUGGAAACUGAAAGGACAAUAGUUGGCUCAGAUAAAGACAACAGCUCCAGGUUUUGGGUGGGACAAGCUAGAAAGACAACAAAGAGCUUUCCAGAAGCAAAAAAAAAUGAUGCUAAUGCAUCCACCAUUGUGGAUCCACUUUCAGUCACGAUGACACCAGAUCACUGGUCUUCAACUCGAAGCUCUCUCCAUCACUACAACAUGGAUGCCGCGGAGGUUUGUGAUUUCAAAGAGGAAGCCUCCCUGGCUCCACCUCCUCAAUACGACUCUCAAUCAUCAAUGCCCAAUCUGCUUAUUCCUUUUUUGACUGGUGGAGCUGUCAGUGAUCACCUGGACCCAAGACCCCAACCUGGAGCACACAAUCUCUGGUGGAGGUAUCACAGUGGCGUUUACUGUCAGCCAUUCCAGCAACCUCAGGGAACGCUCACAUCACAGGCAAAGGGAAACACAGCCUUAAUCCCGCUAAACCACUGCUGCAACAAGAGUGACCGUGGAGAUUCUGUAGUGUCCAAAACAAGGUCGGACGUUCAUUUCCCGGAUGUGAGGAGCUCCGUGCUGCCGGAGCUCAGAGAAAAAGAAGGGAAAUACAGCAAGGUUCUGAGGAAUGACAGAGCGCCACUUUAACCUCUCCAUCAUGGGCACACACAUUGACUAAAUACUAAUUGAAGUCAGUGCUAAUCCACACAUAAGCCAAACAAUGUCUUCCCUGUAUUUUUAUUGUAUUGUAAUAUUAAUAUUAUGCAGACAUUUUAAAAUUAUGAAUUAAUAAAACAUUGGAACAUUGAAAGCACACUUGAUUCCCCGCAUGCAUCCAUCCAUUUUCUACCGCAUUUGCAUCGGCAGCAUUGUCAGUAAAGUCCAGACUUCCCAGUCUCUGGCCGCCUCUUCCAGUUCCACCUGGGCGGGACAUUGAGGCAUUCCCAGGCCAGUUUGAGAGUUAUGUCAAUAUGUGAUGAGUUUUAGUCCAAAACAUUGUAUUCUAAUUUUAGUUGACAAAAUUUCAAAAUGUUUUGGUCUAGUUUAGUCCGUUAGGUUUUAGUAAAAUUAUUAUUUUUAAUUGUAUUGUAAAUCGAAUGAGGGGGAAAUAAGAGGAAAUAGUUUGGUGUUAUCACCUAGCUGGCUGAUAUAAAUCAGAUUUAUUUGUUUAUACAGAGACGUAUAUUAAUGAUCAUUUUACAUGUAAAUACAGUGAUGUUGAAAAAGUUUGGGCACCAAAAGUAGACAGGUGCACACAUUUGUUGUUUUAUUGAUUUAAAUACCUUUAACACUAAUUAUUUGAACACAAAAUUUGUUUGGUAAGCUUAUUGACCCUUGACCUUGGAUUAUGGUGAGUAUGGUAAUUCCUCCUUGUUUCAUUGUUUUUAACCUCAACAUAUUUUGCAAUCUAGCAAAACACAGCAAAAUGUUGGGAGAGAGACUACUACAAGCUACCCAGCAUGCCUUGCAGCUGGAGUAUGUUGGUGUUUUUUUUUACAGUUUCAAUGUUAAAGGUUUAAAAAUAGGAAUUUAGAAAUGCCUGGUGGGCUGGAUUGAGGCUUGGCCGGCCUGAUGUGGCCCAAGGGCUGUAGUUUGCGCACCCCUGCCUUAAGCAGAACAAGUUUUUUCCUGCUUUUGGAGUUUUGGAGGUAAGUGGCAGCAUAUAUGCACAGUUUUCAGGGUUUGUCUCCAAAUUUAAAAGUUGAGUGCUUAUCAAUCAAUAAAAAUAGACUAAUAUUUAAAGAAAGACAUGAAAUACAGAAAGAUGUUUUAUUUUUCAAAAAUAACGUAAAAGUGCAAAAAGUCUCGAGUAUUGAGCUAGUUAGGAGUGACCAAAAAAAAAAAAAACAGGAUAAUUUCUUCAAACAUUCAAGUUAUAAGCACUGUGGUAUCAACUCUGCCACAUGCUGGUAGGCAGUGUGACCACCACAGCAUGGCUAGUUUUAUCAACAAAAUUGUAGAACAGAAUCAAAUGAAUGAACAUGAACAAAAAUCUGCAAAAGACAUUUUUGACACAUGGCAAAUCUGGUCUAAGUGAACUUCCUUAAGAAGCGCAGUUUGAGGUAGGUAAUGGUGAGGAAGCAGAAGGUCAUGAUGCCGAGGGCCAAGUGGUUCUGCCAAAAACCCCAAUUGGAGUAAUCCACACCCUGCUCAUUCAGAAAGUCUUCCCCUUUGCAACUGAACACAAAGCAUCGACCAUCAUCAUGAAAUGUAAUGUCAAGCUGAGACCCCCAUCUUGAGUAGUUCUUACAUUUUUCCAACUGGGAUGGUGCUGGUGUUUACGCCACGACAGAAGUCCAACCCUUUGAACUCGUUCACUUCCAGAGCCUGGAGAGCCAAAAGACGUUACUAUACUUUUUAAAUGGUUGCAGCUUAGUGGUGUGUGUUCAUUGACUUACACUCAGGCCGUAGCGUGGUAUGCUGAAGUAUUUCAACCAAGCCAACCAGCUGACAAUGGAGGGAAGAUUGACCAGCAAGCCUGCAAAGAUCUAGGACAACACAUUUCACAUUUUUGUGAUCAUUAACUAGGAGUGUCUGUGAUAUUUUUUUGUUUCAGAGAAAAGCAUUGUGAGAACACGUCCGCCAAUAGAGUCAGUAAUAAUUAUACACUUAAACUGAACAGGUUAGAUGAAUAUAUGAUUGCAGUAUUAAGACUUCUAUCAAACCGUGUGUUAAUAGCUAUUUUAGACAUUUAAUAUUUCCUGGUUACGUGCUCCUAAGCAUCAUGGGAACUGUAGUUCUUUUAUCAUAUACAUAAAGCACAUUCAAUUAUUCACUAAUUUUCUACCGCUUCUCCUCACUAGGGCGUGCUGGAGCCUAUCCCAGCUGUCUUCGGGCGAUAGGCGGGGUACACCCUGGACUGGUCACCAGCCAAUCACAGGGCACAUAUACACAAACAACCAUUCACACUCACAUUCAUACCUAUAGUCAAUUUGGAGUCGUUAAUUAGCCUAGCAUGUUUUUGGAAUGUGGGAGGAAACCGGAGUACCCGGAGAAAAUCCACGCAUGCACGGGGAGAACAUGCAAACUCUAACCACUCAAAGCGAAUUAUAGCAAUCUAUUUUCCACAUGUCUGUACUACACAUUAACAUUCACGGACAUGAGAUCAUUUGAUACUUUUUUUGGCAAAGAACCUGCAGCACACUGAAAAUGGCUGGGGCGCAGCCUACCAGUUGAGAAUCACUGCUAUUAGAAUCCAAUAGAGUGAAACAAUAUUGAAGAAAUAUAAAUUAAAUACAGUAGUUGUGCUAAUGUGACUGUUACCAUCAUGAAGACGCAGACGAUGGUCAUGUAAAUGUUGGCGAUGGCCACCACCGUCUGGUCAGCAGAGAUGGCCAGUGCCAUGGCGGUGGUCGUGUAGGCCACAAGAGUCACAGUGAACAUGAAGAGGAAGAAGGCUUCCACAGUCGGCUUCAGACCUGCAGGUGAGCUCUUAUGGGAUUAAGGGCUGUACAAUAUAUUCAAUGUACUAUACCAGGGGUCGGCAACCUUUAUUAUCAAAAGAACCAUUUUGUCGACCCCUGUACUAUACAGUAUGUACAAUCAAUUUGUUGAACGCACUUUAAAAUGAAACCACUCCAAAGACACUGAAUGGGAAAAUAGUUGGGACAGUUCUGACGAUGAAUAGUCUGCGACCCACCGAUCAUGAAGUAAGACACGCAGGUGAACACCAUGGCAGGGAUGGUCCUCAGCAUGAGGAUUUCAGACAGGACUUUGGACAGGAAGUAGACGGACAGCCGGUAGUAUCCACUGAUGUACUCAUGACUGCAGAAAGAACACAACUUUAAACUUGAUCCCUAG